GUGAGGAGCUGGCACGGAUGUGUUGCUAGGUUUUCUUUUUUUUUCACUUUUCUCUAAGUUCUCUUUGUAAGACUUACUUUGUCAUGGCAGACAUUCACAGCAACCAUGAGGGCAGCUCCUCCGAAAAGAAUGCAACGCCGUUUUAUACCGCAGCUGAAGACGAUAUGGGUGAGACAUUGGUAGUCUCAGAAAAUGUUGAUGAUCUCAAACGUAGACUUUCUGGCCGUCAAAUCCAGAUGAUGGCCAUUGGAGGGUCAGUUGGAACAGCAUUGUUUGUAUCGAUUGGCUGGGGCUUGAUCGAAGGUGGCCCUGGGUCUCUGUUGAUCGGAUUUAUCAUUUAUUGUUUUUGUUUGGGAACUGUAAAUAAUUGCAUGGCUGAAAUGAGCAUUUUCAUGCCAGUCUCUGGUGGCUUCGUUCGACUGGGUAGCAAAUGGGUCGAUGAGUCUUUUGGCUUUAUGCUCGGCUGGAAUUUCUUCUUAUACGAAGCAGUGUCCAUACCUUUUGAAAUUAGUGCCAUCAAUCUUGUCCUGACCUUUUGGAGAGACGACAUCCCCGUUGCCGCUGUCUGUGCUGGCUGCAUCGCCAUUUAUGCGUUGAUCAACAUCUUCUCGGUGAAAUAUUACGGAGAGACAGAGUUUUGGUUGUCUACCGGAAAGGUCCUCCUCAUUGGUAUUGUGUUUUGUUUCACUUUCAUCACAAUGGUUGGCGGAAAUCCAGAGCAUGAUGCCUAUGGCUUCAGGUAUUGGAAGACUCCUGGUGCCUUUGCUGAGUAUGUUACUACUGGUUCUUUGGGUCGCUCUGAGGGUUUUCUAGCGGGUCUUUGGGAAGCUGCAUUUGUUGUCACAGGACCUGAAUAUGUGGCGAUGGUAGCCGGUGAAGCAUCAUUCCCACGCAAGACCCUUAAGACUGCGUAUAACUCACUGUAUUGGCGCUUUGGAUUCUUCUUCCUUGGAUCAGCAAUCGCCGUUGGUAUCGUGAUUCCGUACAACGACAUAACAAUCAACUGUAUACUUACUGGAGCUCCUUAUGGGGGAAUUGGAGAUUGUCCCUCGGUGAAUGGUGCAAGUGGAUCGGCCGCAGCAUCUCCAUAUGUGAUUGCCAUGCAGAAUCUUGGGAUUGGGGUCCUGCCUCAUCUCACCAAUGCACUACUUAUCACGAGCAUGUUUUCAGCUGGCAAUUCUUUCGUCUACUGUUCAUCUCGAACUCUCUAUGCUUUGGCUCUCGAUGGCCAUGCACCAAAGUUCUUGCGAAAGUGCACAAAGAACGGAAUACCCAUCUAUUGUUUCUGUGUUGUCAUGAUCUUCCCGUUCUUGAGUUUCCUUCAGAUUCGAAGUGGUACGGCAACGGUCAUCACAUGGCUUGCAAAUCUUACUCAAGCAUCUCAAGUAAUCGACUACUUGUGUAUGUGUGUAAUAUACCUCUUCUUCUACCGUGGUAUGAAAGCGCAAGGUUUCGACAGGAACACUCUCCCUUACAAAGGAUGGGCACAGCCAUUUUGCGGGUGGUUCAGAAUGUGCGCUAUGACAUUCACAGUGACAUGCUACGGCUACACAACUUUCUUGCCCGGAGGAUGGUGGGAUGUUGGAACAUUCUUUUCGUAUUACACAAUGGUUUUCUUCGUGCUUGUCGCAUAUUUCGGAUGGAAGAUUGUGAAGAGAACCAAGACUGUGAAAGCCUCCGAGCUGGAUUUGGUUUGGGAACGCCCUGUCAUUGAUGCAUAUGAAGCCACAUAUGUGGAUACAAGUGUUGGUUUCCGGGAAACCCUCAAAGGAUGGGUGGGAUCAAAGAAGACGAAACAUGAAGAUUAGGAGCAUUUAUAGGAUGACACGAAAUGAAAGCAGAUUUUUGAUACACAUGUCAAUCUAUUGGAUGCUUUAUUUGUUCUGCGUUUAUGCUCUCUUGGAUAUAACG